AUGGACAAACUGCUCUUCACCGCUGCGGCCCUGGCCACUGCUGAUGCCAGUAUGAUCACACUGAAGUCGCCUUACGAGAGUGUGGCAGCUCGCCAUAAAGCUCGAAUUGAGUACAAGCAGUCGGCUGUCGUAGCCAAUCAGACUUCUGGGAUAAGACUGGCGGUUACCAGCGGAAGCUACUACGGCCCAAUACUUAUUGGUAAGGAGGGAGAAGAACAGGUCUUCGACGUUGUAUUCGAUACUGGAUCGACUAACCUAUGGGUGCCCGAUGCUACAUGUGAUACUACAGCUUGUACAAAACAUGCGGCAUAUAAGGGAGGUGGCGACUCGGACGGUGAACUUGAGGAUCAAGUACAGUACAGGGAGUGUCCAGAUAAAACCACAGCGAAACAGAGUGAAGAUAGGAAACUUCUCGACUCCAGUAAGCAGAUGUUCGUAUCCUUCCCAUCUAGGAGUAAUUCACUUCUGUUUCAGCAUCAAUCAUUUGGUACGGCUGUGUACGAGUCGGCAUUCCCUUUCGAGGCCUAUCCUUUCGAUGGUGUAUGCGGGCUUUCCUGGACCCGUCCAGAUGGGCUACUCAACCUCGACGGCCCGACACUUAUGGAGAACAUCCCUCAACUCGGGCUCUUCACAUUCUAUCACAGCAAGGAUCCUGCAUUGCCAGGCGCUCUCUACUUGGGAGGUACCUCCCACUACAGGAUAGCCCCCGGUGCCCGUAUUAGCUGGUUCCCUCUGGUAUCGGCCAGUCAUUGGGACUUGGGUGGUAUUGACGUCGCCGUUAACGGUACAAGACUGGGGUUGUGUAGCAGAGAUGACGGCCAACCCUGCCAUGUACUGGUUGAUACAGGCACGUCCGACGUCAGCUUCCCGAGGGAUGUAUUCGACGUCAUUGUUAAAGCGCUGAACGUGAAGAGUGAUUGCUCCAACUAUGACGACUUGCCUGUUAUGACAUACAUUCUUAAAGGGGAGGACGAGGACGGCAACGCCACUGAGGUUGAGGUGGACCUCAGCCCAGCUGAGUAUGCUUUAAGAUUCGAUGGUUACUGUGAUUUCGACAUAUCUGCGAGGGAUGUCCAUUCCAGUAGAGGUCUCUUAUGGAUUUUGGGUUCCCCUUUCCUCCGCGCAUACAUCACUACAUUCGACAGGGGUAAGGAGGACAUAACCAUCGCAUCGGCAUCCUCAGAAGCCAGCAUGAUCAUUCGGAAUCAGUGGUAUCCGGUACCAGCUACUAACGUCGCUCUCCUCGAGCCAAGUUACUUCUUCAUCAUCAUGCAUGCAGGAGUGUUGUUACUAGGGAUCGCAAUAGCGGUCUAG